CAAGUGAAGCUGCCGGUGGGUCCCUUUUCACGGCUCUCUCACCACCGCCUCCAUCUCCUUCUUCCCCAUUUCCACCUUUUUCCAUCCAUCCAUCUCCCCUGUUUCUGCAUUCCCUUCCCUCUCACCUCGCUUUCACCAUUUUUGAUUUCCGAAUGCCAUGAAUUAUUACCAGAAACAUAUGCCUGCUCUGUGUACAUGAACUGGAAUUAGACCUCUCACAACAACUACACCAGCUCUCUCUCAUCUUCACUGAACUCUGCCUGGAUCUUCUCCUCCUCCUCCUCCUCCUUCUUCAAGUUACAGAGCGGCGGCUUUCGCCAGCUUGCUCUCUUGCCGCCACCGCAUUCCGUCAAUCCAAUGAGUAGAAGCAAUUUCCGAGAAUCUCUGGUCGGAGGUGGCGGUGGCGGAGGAGGCAGAACUCUGCUCGCCGCAUCUCAUCACCUCCACCGUCGCGGCCACAGUUUGAAUUCGCUCACCAAGGACUCCGAUGAGAACUUGGAUCUCUUCUCCAGGAACCGCCGCUCCUUCUCUCUCGCCCCUUCCGAUGACCCCUCCGACGCUACUUCAGUCAAACUUGGGAGGCUUUCACUUGGAUCUGCCAAAGUCGCCCCCAAACCCGGGAUCGACGAUCUACUCGCAUCCAUCGAAGGAGGCAAGAAUGAUUACGACUGGCUACUCACUCCUCCAGGAACUCCCCUUUUCCCGUCGGCGGAUGCAAAUGAGUCGUCACAACCACCACCUCCAGUGGUAGCUCCUAGGAACAGUGCUGCUCUCUCCAGAUCAACUUCUACAACAAAGGCUUCAAGGCUUUCAGUUUCACAAUCGGAGAGCUAUCAUUCCACAAGACCUGCUAGGAGUAGUUCAGUGACUCGUUCUUCUACUACUGCCUCGCAGUUCACUUCAUAUUCAUCCAAUAGAUCUCCAUCUUCAAUCCUAAACACAAGCUCAACUUCAGUCUCUUCUUACAUAAGACCAUCCUCCCCUCUCACCCGUUCACCAUCCAUAGGAAGGCCUUCGACGCCUUCAGGCCGCUCGUCUACAUCGAGGCCAUCAACUCCAUCCAGAGUUCGUACAUCGCCCAGUGUCUCUGUACCGGAGCGAUCUCGACCAUCCCAACCCUCACGACCUUCGACCCCGACUUCUUCCAGGCCACAUACCCCUGUAAACUUGAACAAUCCUCCAGCUGCUCGCUCAAGUUCUCGUCCAUCAACACCAACACGCCGGGCUCCUGUAUCCUCAAUUUCUUCUGUGUCAACUUCAGGUGGACGUCCCAUUUCAAGUGGGCGCACAUCAGCACCAUCAUCCCGCCCUAGCUCCCCGGGUCCAAGAGUUCGAGCCCUUGCUCAGCAGCCUGUUGUCCCUCCUGAUUUUCCACUCGACACACCUCCAAAUCUUCGAACGACUCUGCCUGAGAGACCGCUUUCUGCUGGGAGGUCCAGACCAGGUGCUUCUAUCGGCGGGAGAGGAACCCAAGAAAGCGCAGCAGGCAAUGGGAGUGUGCCACGAAGGAAUUCAUCUCCAAUUGUUACCAGAGGAAGAGUCUCAGAACCACCUGGAAGGGGUCGUAUCUCUUCCAAUGGGCAUGCUGCUGAUGUGCUCGAGUCUCGGAGGAGCACACAUGGAUCAUCAGAUUCCGGAGCGCGGAGAACUUUGAAGUCUUCUUCUUCUUCUUCGACUUCUGCUGACAGCACCGGAUUUGGAAGAACCAUAUCUAAGAAGUCAUUGGACAUGGCUAUCAGGCAUAUGGACAUAAGAAAUGGAGCAGGAGGUACUCGCCCGCUAACAGGGACUACACUCUUUCCCCAAAGCAUCCGCGGUGGCCCGAAUAAAACCCAGAGCCAGACUGUUCGCUCUUCUACUGCUCUAGAGGCGGCGGCAUUGGUCAAUGGUAACAGCCACCACCUUCGCAAUGGGGAGGUUGUGGAGAAUGGGCAUUACGCGGUGGGAAGGCAUGUCGAAACGGGAAACCAUCACCAAGCGAAUGAAGGACGGCAAUUUGGAAGAUUGGGCGAAGGUGAUGUAUACGAGAGCUCGCGGUAUGAUGCAAUGUUACUGAAAGAGGACGUUAAGAACAUGAACUGGCUGCACAGCAUUGACGACAAAUUCGAUCAAGGUUCUAUCUUUGAUCAUGGCUUUGAGCCCCUGCCCGAACCUUUCGCUCCGCUAUAACUACGCAAAAAAUGCCAAGUUGGUGG